AUUAUAUUUUUCUUCUGUUUUCUUUUCUGCUUCAUCCUUUAAAACCAAGAUCUUGUUUCUGCAACCAAACAUGAACAGCGAAGUCUCUGAGCCGAUUCAUAUUUGUUUUUUCCCCUUCAUGGCUCAGGGCCACAUGAUACCAACCCUAGACAUGGCCAAGCUUUUCUCCAGCAGAGGAGCCAAAUCAACCAUCAUCACAACCCCAAUUAACUCUAAGAUCUUUGAGAAACAAACUGAAGCAUUCAAAAAUCAAAACCCUGAUCUCGAAAUCGGAAUCAAGAUCUUCCACUUCCCUUGUGUACAGCUUGGUUUGCCUGAAGGGUGCGAGAACGUUGACUUCAUCAACUCAUACCAAAAACCUAACGCAGGUGACUUGUCCUUAAAGUUUCUUUUCGCUACCAAGUAUAUGAAACAGCAGUUGGAGAGUUUCAUCGAAACAACGAAACCGAGCUGUCUCGUGGCCGAUAUGUUCUUCCCAUGGGCGACGCAAUCCGCGGAAAAGUUCGGUGUGCCAAGACUUGUGUUCCACGGCACAUCGUUCUUUUCCUUAUGUUGUUCUUAUAACAUGAGGAUUCAUAAGCCUCAUAAGAAAGUAUCUACGCGUUCUACACCAUUUGUGAUCCCUGGUCUCCCCGGGAACAUAGUUAUGACAUUGCAGCAAGCUAAUGUUAGCAACGACGAAACUCCAAGGGGAAAGUUUAUGAAAGAGGUCAGAGAAUCGGAGUCUGUUAGCUUUGGUGUUUUGGUGAAUAGCUUCUACAAGCUGGAAUCAACUUACGCUGACUUUUACCGUGGUUUCGUUGCGAAAAGAGCUUGGCACAUCGGUCCGCUUUCGCUCUGCAACGUAGAUCUUGCUGAGAAAGCUGGAAGAGGGAAAAAAGCAAACGUUGAUGAGCAAGAAUGCCUGAGAUGGCUCGAGUCUAAGGCAACUGGUUCAGUGGUUUACAUGUCGUUUGGCAGCGGAACUAGCUUCACCAACGAGCAGCUGUUAGAGAUCGCCGCCGGUCUUGAAGGGUCUGGUCAAAAUUUCAUUUGGGUGGUUAGGAAAAACGAAAACCAAGGUGAAAAUGAGGAGUGGCUGCCUGAAGGUUUUGAGGAGAGAACAAAAGGGAAAGGGCUGAUCAUACGUGGGUGGGCCCCGCAGGUGCUGAUACUUGACCACAAAGCGGUUGGAGGAUUUGUGACGCACUGUGGAUGGAACUCGGUUAUGGAGGGCAUUGCUGCGGGGUUACCUAUGGUGACUUGGCCGAUGGGCGCGGAACAGUUUUACAACGAGAAGCUAUUGACAAUGGUGUUGAAAACAGGAGUGAAUGUAGGAGCUACAGAGUUGGUGAAAAGGGGAAAGUUGAUUAGUAGAGAGGAAGUGGAGAAGGCAGUGAGAGAAGUGAUAGUUGGGGAAGAGGCAGAGGAAAGGCGGAAACGGGCAAAAAAGCUAGGCGAAAUGGCCAAAGCAGCUGUUGAGGAAGGAGGGUCUUCUUAUAAUGAUUUGAACAAGUUCAUGGAAGAGGUGAACGGUAGAAAGUAGAAGAAAACUGAACAUAUUUCAUGUUUCUUUUUAACAUGUUUCAUGCUGUGAGAUGGAUUUUUUUUACUUGGUUAGCUUUAGCUACGACCCCCUUAAGUCAGUCGUAUAAAGU